AUGAAGAGCCCCAAUUGCAACAGUAGUAGUCCAUCUUCCUCCUCCUCGCCUUUUCCUUCUCCUACAUCUGUUAUUCCCUCGCCAACCCGGGGACGACUAGGAAUCAAUCCAGAUUCGCGGCUGAUUUCCAACAACAACAACAACAACAGUAAGCCGAAGCCGCCCAAGAUCCGCAUCAUCCACAUAUUUGUGCCGGAGAUCAUCAAGACCGACGCAGCCAACUUCAGGGAGCUCGUCCAGCGCCUCACCGGCAAACCCAACCAUCCACGCCCGCCCACCCGAAAAAGCAGCACCAACAACAACAAGCUCCCGCUGCCAACGCAGACGCCCCUUCUACCGCCGCUGACGAUAGAGUGCGACGACGGGGAGGAGGCAAGGGCGGGGAGUCAGUAA